AUGCGCAUGACUAGAGCUCAAGCAGCUGCUUUGGCGGCUGCUGAAGCCGAAGCAGAAGUAGCUGAGCCUGCAGCCACCACCCACGACAAUAAUGAACAUACUUACGAUGAUACGAAGAACGGCUCUACGACGCCCAUUGAAGAACCCCAGGAGCGUGAAGCAUUGGCUGAAUUGCCAACGAAUCUGGAUCCUGGCAAACAAAGCGAUGAGGAUCCUGUUGACAAUCAAGAGCUCGAGGAUGGAGAGAUAGUAAAGGAGAAGAAUGAAGAGCAGACAGAUGGCCAUGCGCAGAACAGCCAGCAGGACGAGCAAGAAGCAACUCCUGCACCGACCCCUUCAACCAGCAACAACGACAAGCCAAACCACAUCUCAAUCCAUCAGGACGAAACACUGCAACCACCUCACAAAGACGUCGAUGCUGGAUCGCCCACCACCGAGCUACCAUUGCUCAAUAUCACUCCUCAACGUACACCAGCCAAGAACAUCAUCAAGAAUGAGUUUGUCCACAUGAGGAGCACUUCCAACAAGGAGAAUAUGGUUCCUGCUGGCGAUGUUGUUGCUAGUCCUGUCGACAGGCUUCAGACGCAUGUUGAAUCGCUGGGUGCUGGACAAGAGCAGCAAGUGCAGACACCGCAACAGGACGAACAAUCACAGCCUGAGCUGAAAAUUGAGAAUCAUGACCCUGGAGUAAACGGAGAAGCGUCAGCAGCAAGACCUGAGAGCUCACAGGCAGAGGAGGGCCAAGACGACAGUCUGAUUGAUCACUUCCAAGCCCUCCAGGUCUCGCCCAAAAAGCAGAAGUUCAGUGAGCCGGAAGUUGCGCCUGGUGCAGAACAACCACUUUCUGAACAGCCGACCUUGGCCACUGAGAGCACUGGUCCACAGCAGGAAGUUGUUGAGCAGGCUGAGAAGCAGACAGCCAAUGCUACAGAGCCCACGAUCGACAGCACGGCCAAAUCUCAACACAAGGAAAAUAAAUCUCCCGCCUCCUCGACCGCUAAAAAUACCUCCUCUGCAACCUCCAAGUCUGAACCCUCGAAGCCUGUCCGAAAGUCCUCGGUGAGACAGUCGACGCUUGGUCGUCAGUCUUCUGUUGUCCGCAAGUCCAUAGCUGCCCCUUCACGCCCAGAGCCAUCAACGAGCGCAGCCAUCAAGCGAACUACAUCCGUCAAGCGCGCUUCAGUCCGUCCCAGCAUGGCUCCUAGAGCAGGUUCUUCUCAGUCCACCGAGCGAGGAGCUCCCGCAAAUAUCCCUCACUCUAAACCUCGUCCUAUGUCCAUGUCGUUCCCCACGCCUCCACCCCCUCCUAAGUCUUCCAAGGCACCUACGCAAUCGACCUUCCAACUGCCAGGCGAAGCCAUAGCAGCAAAACUAAAAGCAGAAAAGGAAGAACGACUACGACGACAAGCAGAAUCCGGCACCACGGCAAAACCAACCUACAAACCCCCUCCACCUCCCAAAUCCACAAAAGCUCCUACCCGCUCAACCUUCCAACUCCCCGGCGAAGCCAUCGCCGCAAAACUCAAAGCCGAGAAAGAAGAACGCCAAAAGCGACAAGAGGAAAACGGUGGUGUUGCCCAAAAGUCAACUUACAUCCCGCCUGCAGCGCCAAAGUCUACGAAACCAGUCACAAAAGCUACGUUCCAGUUAUCUAGUGAUGCGUUUGCUGCCAAGAUGAAAGCGCAAAAGGAAGCCAGACUGGCAAAACAAAAAGAAGAAGAGGAAAAAAGAGAAAAGGAGAGAGGAGUGUUUAAAGCAAGACCAGUGCCCAAAAUGACCAAACCGGCGGAGGUGAGACAGACGAAUGCGUCGAGGGCCCGUUUGCCUUCUGGUGAUAACAGUGCAUUGAAGAGGGCAAGCAGUGUUCGCGACCCUUCUUCCACCACUACGGCACAAAAACGCAUGUCCUCUUUCCACCCUGCUGCCUCAACUUCUUCCACUCUUCCCCCUCGCGCAGCAACUUCCCUGACGAAACGGCAAAGCAUGGCUCCUUCCUCUUCCUCUUCCUCGUCAAAAGGCAAACAAGUCUUUGCUCGCGCAGCAGAAGCAAAACAAAAAGAAGAAAAGGAGAAGAAAGAAAAAGAAGAUGCGGCCAAGAAAGCUAGAGCUGAGGCUGCGGAAAAAGGAAGGCAAGCUAGUAGGGAGUGGGCUGCUAAGAAGAAGGAGAAGGAGGAGAGGAGAAAGACUGUUGCUGCUGCUGUGGUGUAG